AAUAAUUUCGCAAAUCUUCGGUGGAGGCCACCACAGUCGAUUUUUGCAAGCGCGCUCGCUCGGUCGGGUGCUGUGGAACGACCGUUCCAGCGGUGUUUGAAAUUUGAUCGAGUGUGACUAUCGUCGGCUCGCCGCUGGAGAAGAGCGAAUGCGGCGCGGGAUUAGGAUUCCUUCUCGAGUGUGGAAAAAUGCCGGUUGGAAUCGUGGUGAAGCUUGUGGCGCUCACGGCCAUCGGUCGGACGGUCGGGUUGUGUGCGAAAUUCGGCAAGGUUUUCGACGUUAGAGUUGUCGUCGUCGUUUGAUAGUCGGCGGAAUCGGUGGUCAGAUUGUGCUAGGUGCCCGAAUUCGGAAUGGUUCGGGGGCUUUUGGCGAUGAAUGUGGGUCUACUAGCGUUUGGAGUUGGUUCAUCGUUGGCAGUCGCGCUCAGUCCGUGGAACAGUGUGGUGUCGACUCCUGCACUCUUCCUGGUGAAGGGGUUUCCUGCUGGACAAGUGACUAUUGGUGGUACAAGCGAGGGGAAGUGCCCAAAGGUGGCGAAGAUGGGGGAGGAGCAAGGGGAACAAAUUGAACCAAAUUAGGAGGCCAAGUCCAAAAGUGAUGGUGUCUGUUGAACAGAAAUAGUACUAGUGGCUCCGGACAAGUGUAGACAAGCAUGUUCCAAGUGUAGCCUUCAGUUCUUGUGUUGUAUUUAGUGAGUGUUUGCGUGCUUGAUAUAUUCAAUUCAGUUGGCUUGAGUUUUUUGGGUUGAGUUAUUUUUUAUUUCGGGAGAACCAGAUACGACCAUCCAGCUGUAUUAGAAAAUAGUUACCGAGGAGAGGUGUGGUAGGUGGUCAGUAGGUGGAGAAGACAUGAAUGAUGUAUGUAAUCUAAUACGCUGGUGAACCCGGAAGAACUGGCUGAUUUUUAGCGAAUUGACUUUUCGCAAACACUUGAAACGGUUGAAGGCUGAACCAAAUCAUGUGAGACUCAACUGCCGCUGUACGUUUACUGGACUUAUCGAUCCAUGAAUCUUCGCUACUAAUCUCAAUACCCUCCAGCAGAGUUAAUUCAACCCGGUGUGGUGCUUGUUAGACACGUACCGAAUUAAAUUGCAAGUUCCAUAUUUAGACCGAAUGUUCGAGUUGUGCAAUUUCCUGCCGGUCCUGAUAAGCAAUGCAAACCACAUACUGAGCAACGAAGCGGUACAAAGUACGUGGAACUCAACCCCACCGAGAAAGAGAGAGAACUGGUGACAAUAUCAGCAAGUUGGCAUCCCAUAAAAAGCCAAAUUCGGUAAACGAAAUUUUCCACAAGACCUUCAACCCAAAACAACCUCUCCAAUAUCACCCUGAAAACUGCGACUGCGAAGAGAACACGAAGACUUGCACGGUAGAUGAGCUAAUAUUUGCAAAUGAUUAUCAACACCAACACACCACCGACCGCUAACGACUGCGAUGACGGUGGAACAACGUUGGAAGCAGCCAGCUGAAGUACACAAACCUGCCACUGCCGUUUUAGAUUAGUUCAUCGAUUUGGGGCCUGUUCCGUGGAGAACGACGCGAGGAGUUCAACCACUACAGUGACGAUUCUUAGCUCAUCCGUUUCGCAAAUAGGUCCGUCUUGUCGAUUAUGUACAAUGGAUCUAUUCUUAAAGCUUCUCGAGAGCUACGAUGAAGACAGGAGUCAUAUUUACGAACAAGAAUAACUCAAAUCAGUUUCAUAAGUGGGUAAAAGUCACCUACAACAAACUGCAACAUGUCGUUUAACAAAACUAAUCAUGCUUGAACUGCCAAUCCGAUAACAAGCGAACGAGAUCACAUACUCCCGUCAAAUUAUAACUUCCUCCUAGGAACCUUUGCCAACCUACCAAGCAAAAGUCGAGGAAAGCUACCGACUAUCUUCCCGGCGAAAGAAGUUUUGCGCUUUAGCCAACAGAAGAAAAACUGAAAAGUUUAGCAGUUUCGUUUUUCAGUUCCACCAUCCAACAGCUGCGACAUACCUACGCCACCGACCGGUGUGACCAGAAUGGAGAAAAACUUCCGCAGAACUGGGAAACAUUGUUGAUUUCCGCAUUACUCUGUUUCACACCAGCAGAGACGCGAGACUUUUAAGCUGGGGACCCGCAACGGCUGCCACGAAAUAAUGGAGAAAAAUCGGAAAAGUUCUCCGGAUCGAAAGUUGCAGUUUUUUUUCCUCCGAGUUUCGGUUUCGGUUUAAGUUCUGUUUAUUGUUUUCCGUGCCCACACACCUACCCAACACCACGAGAAGAAAACGAGCAAACUUUUCCACCAUCAGGAACUGCGGGACCAUGCCACCCCCGAAAUGAUUGAUCGUUGAAUAGUUUUUCGAAGUGCGCGGGUGACUACGUUUUCGGGAAGAAAACCGCGUACGGUUCGGUGGAUUUAGCCGUAAUUGGACAACCCGCCUGCCGAAAACGAUGAUGUCAAAUCCACCACACUCUCGAUCGAUGAGAUGUAUAUGGCUCAAAGCAACCGGUGUUCAACUUACGACAACUACGAGGAUUUCUAACUAUAUUUGAUCCACCAAUCGCCACAAAACGACCCUCCAUUGAAUAUCCAACGAUUCUGACAAUGGAUAUGGCUGACGUGAUGUAACGAUUUUACUAAAUCUCAUCAAUAAACGACACGCAUAGGCGAUUAUCAACAUAUGCUGCGGAUUUUCAUCGAAAACAUGACUAUGAAAAAUUGCUUUUCAAAUCGAACCGCUUCAAUGUUUUCAAGGUAAGUUGAAUUAUUGAAUCAGUCAAGCUUACGCUUCCAUAAUUUAAACCUUCCUUCUAUAAUUAAUCAUGCUCAGCAUGAAAAAGAUGAUGUGUGAGGCAUAUUCCUCGUGAUACACAAGUGCUACCGGGAAUUGCCAAAAUUUGUAGCAACAAAAAUGAAACCAUCAUAAAUUAAACUUUUACUGGAUGAUAGAUUCUGAAAUCAUUUGAAAUAAUUCAUUUGUCCGGUUCACUACAUAAACGGAUAAAUUAUAGAAAAUUUUGAAUAUUUUAUUUUCAAUUUUUAAUGCAGUUUUCAUGUUAUUUUAUUGAACAUACCAAGAGAAUAGAUGAUUGUACAUUUCGUAGUUGCUACUUCGUGAUUGAUUAGAAUAAUGAAAAUCUUACAUCUCCACAGUUGCCGAGGAAAGAAGUUUUUGUUAUGCACACUAUAAGCAGAAAGGGAGAGAAAGUUACAAAAUCACAAAUUCACAUUUCAAUUUCACUUCACUUACGAGUUGACGUUUUCUUCCCGAUUUUCAUACGCCGAAGAAAACCGCACAAAAAGUAACAAUUAGCGAAAUGGUUGUUCAUCACUGUUCACCUUUCAGAUAUACUUGAUAAUUGAUCCGACCAUUAAUUCACACCCUACAAAAGCUUUGUGGUAUUCUUAGGUUUCAUUUUACAUUAGCGAAAGCUGCUCAAUAAAUCAUAUCAAAAACUCUUUUCCAUCGGUGAAAUGUAUUUUUUUUUAUCACAAUCCUCCCUGUAAGCAAAUGGUCGGCGUUAAGUCAGAGAGGACCAUGUGUCUUUUACUUAAUUUCUAGAAAAACGACUUCAUAGUUUGCAACUCUAUAAGUUUUGAGUUUUUCAUCAAAUGUUCUUGAAUUUUUGCCAUAAAUCUUGAUAACUAUUCAUCACAGCGUCGCUCUGUAUUGAUCGCGAAAAUACGUAAAAUAAAGGUUGAAACCGAGAAAUUGCUAAGUAAUUGAUUGUACUUAGUCCACUCUGACUGAACCGUUUUUAGAAAAUCUUCAACCAACUACAGUUCACCCUCAAGUUUUUGCACAUUUGAUGAAAAAAUAAUACACAAGUAGGACAACAGUUAAAAGGAGUAGUGUAUAAUGUGAGCCGGAAGUUUGAAAUUUGAUAUUUUUGUUUUUACACUGUUGAUUACCAUUUUCAAUUUUGAUGUUCAGUCAGAGUGGACCAAGUACAACAGUUCAAUAUCACAUGAAGGGUAGUCAAUUAAUGAGCUAUUUAAGAAUUCUUAACUUGAACAUUUAAUAGCUAACAACUUUUGAAUAUAUUGUCAUAGUUCGGUACGUUUUUGAAAUGUUGUGGUUACACAGUUCAUAAUAAUUUAUUCAGAGGACUGGCACUUUUCAAAAAUUCGUUCAGACAGAGUGAACCAAGUACACAAUUCUUAAAUAAUCGGUAAAAUCAAUUUCUUAAUGAAUCGGGUAUUGAUACAUUUCAAUAUGAUGCCCAACAGCUACUAAACAAGCAUAUUUUGAUUUAGAAAGGAUUACGAAGAAUAAGGUAAUUUUCACUAUUUUUCUUAGAGACACAUGUCUGCACGCGAAAUGCCACAAUAUGCUUCAACACGAUGAUCUGUAAAAUACGAUAUUGACCAUAAUAAAAUGGAAUUUCACGUGCUUUCUUGAUCAAUAAUCAUCAGAAAAUAUGUUAGGAAAUCAUACGAUUUAGAAACGUAUCACAUUUUGAUGAUAAACUAUUUUAUUUAUUGGAUUUUAACCAAUACACAUUUUUUCAAUUCUCUUGACAUCAAGCAUAUGGUCCACUCUGACUGCACACUAUUAUCGAUUUUUGCAGUUCAAACAAAAGAAAAUUGUGCUAUAACUCUCGUUAAUUGUAACAUUAAGAAAAUUGGGUGAAUAUUCCAAGUAGCUUAAGAAAUUCUUAAUCAAAUGCCUUAAAAAUCUAAUUUCCGUCAAUUUUGUUACUUGGUUCCCUCUGACUUAACGCCGACCAAAUGUGCGCGUGAUUUUUAUGUGUAUGAAACAUAUUAUUUCACAUCUACAGAUAAAGAAUUUUUUGGUGCACUAUGGUAGCGCACUAUGAUCUGAUGGGUAAAAUGAUUUCCUAAUAUGUUUUGGUUGUUGUCAUAUAGGCAGCGGGACUCAGCCCAAAAUGCGCUAAUGGUUAAACUGGCCUGUUGAUGGUAGUCGCUCCUCUCUGGAGCCACCAAAUGCUGGUGUCAACACAAUCUUCCAAUUGGCAGCACUAUUGGUUUGGCGUUCCUCUUUCGUUGGGACUGCAGGGUGCGGCAGGAAAAAAUGCGAAAAGUUCAAGGCGCUAUUACACACUGAAUAUAGGAUAUAUAUGACUAUUUUUUAAUGUCAGUCAGACAGACAGACUAUUUUUUAAAUACAGUCAACGUCUAUAUUCUAGCACUACAAAAUAAAAAUUAACAUUUUUGAUUUUUAACAUGUGAUAAUGUAAGCCUAGAAAGUUGGUAUCAAAAAACUGCGCGCCCAAUGGUCAUUAGACAAAAUGGCUAUAAUAGUAAAAAAAAUAGCUUCAAUUCGAUGAAAAACCAGGCCAUAUUAGUCCAGAGCCAUGGAGUUUCACAUACCAGAUGAAAUAAAUACAUAUAUAUGAUAAUAAUGUAGAGAUAAUUAAAAGUUUUGUUUUAUCAGGUAUGAAAUUUAGCGACCUGUGUGCUUUUCAGUGGUUUGAAAAUUUUGAUGGUCUUCAGCUUCAGGUGCCAUCUUGUAAAGAUUUGUGCCCAAGAUGAGAUUUUUUUAAAUAACUUUUCAGAAAAUUAGCCUGUUAGAGAUCAUGGAACGUUGAAACAUAGAUUAGUUAACGUCAAAUGGAGGAAAAUGAGGUUUGAAGUUGAAAAACACUUUCGCAUUUUUUCCUGCCGCAUACUGUAGGAUAAUGAAACCCACGCAGUCUUUUUCUGGUACCGUUGCGAUGGGAUACGCAUGCGGUAUUACAUUCCGUGUGUGUCUUCCAACAAUCUAAGCCGAACGCGUUACUUUCGAACAGCGAUACUACUCUCUCAAGCUAGGAGGUUCGAGAAGGAAAGUAAUUAAAAUCGAUACGACCAAAUCGUGUGUUAUAGAAUUUAGGUUUUCUAAACUCAUGCUAACGUUCUCGCAUUCGAAACCUUAGCUUGCCAGAGUGACAAAAAGUUUGAUCUAUCCAGAAUAAUUUAAGCUUCGCAACUGCUAGUUCUGGAUCAAAGGAAUUUGAAUAUUGAAAUAAUACUUAACCGGGAGAGAUCCAGUGUUCAAAACUGACUAACGUUUUUAUUGAUCUUCCUCUUUUACAGCCGGGGGGUGGAAGCUCAGGUAAAAUAUGAUCUCCUGGGCGCCCAUUAAAAACACCACCCCCGGCGAAGACUGGCGCUCGAGCCUAGCUAUUUAGCACUGUAGUUGGAGGAAAUGCCAAUGCAGAACCCGUAGCUUCCGGGAAGGUAAGCCCAGCUCCCUGGGUUAGUGGGUUGGUGUCAGGCCCUGCGAGCCAGCCGUAAAAAAGACUAGCACCGGAAAAUCAACAAGAGAAGAAUGCGAACCGAUACCAAUGGCGAUGACCACAGCGACGAAAAGGGACUUGCGAUUGGAAGCUCGGUACGUGGAACUGCAGAUCUCUCAACUUCAUCGGGAACAUCCGCAUACUCGCCGAUAUACUGAAAGACCGCGGGUUCGGAAUCGUGGCGCUGCAGGAGGUGUGUUGGACAGGAUCUAUGGUGCGAACGUUUAGAGGUAAUCAUACCAUCUACCAGAGUUGCGGCAACACACGUGAGCUGGGAACAGCAUUUAUAGUGAUGGGCGACAUGCAGAGGCGCGUGAUCGGUUGGUGGCCGAUCGACGAAAGAAUGUGCAGGUUGAGGAUCAAGGGCCGAUUCUUCAACAUUAGCAUAAUAAACGUGCACAGCCCUCACUCCGGAAGCACUGAUGAUGACAAAGACGCAUUUUACGCGCAGCUCGAACGCGACUACGACCGCUGCCCAAACCACGACGUCAAGAUCAUCAUAGGGGAUCUAAACGCUCAGGUAGGCCAGGAGGAGGAAUUCAAACCGACGAUUGGAAAGUUCAGCGCCCACCAGCUGACGAACGAAAAUGGCCUACGCCUCAUCGAUUUCGCCGCUUCCAAGAACAUGGCCAUUCGUAGCACCUUCUUCCAGCACAGCCUCCCGUAUCGUUACACCUGGAGAUCACCACAACAAACGGAAUCGCAAAUCGACCACGUUCUGAUUGAUGGACGGCACUUCUCCGACAUUAUCGACGUCAGGACCUAUCGUGGCGCUAAUAUCGACUCUGAUCACUACCUGGUGAUGGUUAAACUGCGCCCAAAACCCUCCGUUAUUAUCAAUGUACAGUACCGGCGGCCGCCCCGGUACGUUCUAGAGCGACUGAAGCAACCGGAUGUCACCACCGCAUACGCGCAGAAUCUCGAGGCAGCGUUGCCGGACGAGGGUGUGCUCGAUGUGGCCCCUCUAGAGGACUGCUGGAGUACAGUGAAAGCAGCCAUCAACAACGCAGCCGAGAGCACUAUCGGGUACGUAGAACGGAGUCGACGAAACGAUUGGUUCGACGAGGAGUGCAGAGCGGUUCUGGAGGAGAAGGAUGCAGCGCGGGCGGUAAUGCUGCAGCAUGGAACCCGACAGAAUGUGGAGCGAUACAGACAGAAGCGGAAGCAGCAGACCCGUCUCUUCCGGGAGAAAAAGCGCCGCCUGGAAGAAGCGGAGUGCGAGGAAAUGGAACUGCUUUGCUGUUCACAGGAAACACGCAAGUUCUACCAGAAGCUCAACGCAUCCCGCAAAGGCUACGUGCCGCAAGCCGAAAUCUGCAGGGAUAAGGACGGGAGCCUCCUGACGGACAAAUGUGUGGUGAUCAAAAGGUGGAAGCAGCACUUCGACGAGCACCUGAAUGGCGAAGAGAAUGCAGGCACGGAGGACCAAGGCAGCGGAGGAAAUGACUAUGUUGGUGCAGCAGAGGACGGGAACGAACCAACUCCCACGCUGAGGGAAGUUAAGGAUGCCAUCCACCAGCUCAAAAACAACAAAGCUGCUGGUAAGGACGGUAUCGCAGCAGAACUCAUCAAGAUGGGCCCGGAAAAGUUGGCCACCUGUCUGCAUCAGUUAGUAGCAGAGCGUUAAUGAU